AUGGCUCAACCACAUUUAAUCAAAUUGAUUAUUAUUGUUAUUUUAUUAAUCGUCAUUCAAAUAUGUCUUGAAUCCUUAUAUGCGAGCAGAAAGAAUGAAGGCACAGUGAUGAAAAGUACAGCAUCAAACACGACAACAAAUCAGUGUGGCGAGAUCAUUGAAGUUGGAGAAUGCCUGCCUUGUUCUGCCUUUGACAAAAAAAGUCGAGCAAUCCGUGCUUGUGCAGAAAACGGUAAUAAGCAACUCGUCAAGUGUCGGAAAAGUAGGCAAAAGUUCUAUAAAAGCUGUUUGAUGGUUCCUUGGAUAGCGGAACGCAAUUACUGGAUAUUUCAGGUUUUCAUGUUAAUAGUAGCACUACCAUCUUGGGCAACUGUUUGGAUCAGAAGAAGAAAAUUAGAAGAGCAGGCUAGAAGACGUGUACAGCGGCAGAUCAAUGAUAUACUAUAG